AUGAAUCUAGACUCAGCCAGCCCUCAAAUAUUUCACACCAAUUUCACAUUACCACAUUUAUCAGGGAAUCCUUCAGUAUUACCUGCCUGGACAUCUCAAACAACUACAGAAACAAUAAAGACGGAUUUUGUGACAAGUCUAUCUAUCGAUCAUAAUCAGCAGAUAACGGCUGGAGAUUUUACGUUAGUUGAACAACAGCAACAAAAACCAAUAAACAAUACUACUCUCGACAUAUCUAUAAAUCAGACUAGCAAUUUUCCACAUAUUUGCCCUUUAACUCAGGGAUUACCAGUUUUCCCCCAAAUGACCCAGUCAAUGAAUUCAACUACAAUGAACCCUGUACAAAAAAACGUUACCCCACCUAAAUUACUGCCUCAGACUGAAGAUUCUCAUUCCACGGGAUACAUUCAGUCACCUGCAUUGCCGCCUUUUGGACCUGUCCCUUCUAUUCCCAAUAAAUCUGGAAAUAUUAAUGUAAAUUAUCACAGUUCAGCUAAAACGCACAAAACUGAACCUACUGGAUCUUCGAUAUUUCUAGAUGGCCGGAGCUAUGAACCUGCAGAGCUAAUCAGUUUAAUCCAGCGAUUGCGGCAAGAUAUUCGAGCCUAUACUGAUCAUAUAAGAUGGCUUGAACAAGAGUUGAGUGAAACACGAAUCACACUCAAUGCUCGAGAUAGAGAUAUUGAUAAGCUGAAGUCUGUAUUAGAACAGAAACUUAAUAAUAAUGUGGAAAAACUGCCUGUGCAUACUAUUACACCCUUGUCUGAUAAUUCAUGUCAAGCAAUCAGACAAAAUAAACUCAAUGAGAAUACUGGUCAGAAAGGAUAUCCAGUGAAGCAACGGACUAAAAAGCAAGGAGUUUCAGGCGAAAGUUUUACUCAGCAAAGAUUAUCAGGUCUUGUACACCACGAAAAGGACGCAUGGUCUGCUGGGUUAAUCAGAGAGGCAAUUAGCAACAACACAUUUCUGAUGCAUUUAGAACAAUCACAGAAAGAGGAAAUUGUAGCCUGCAUGUAUAAGAAACAAAUCCCACAAGGUUGUUUCAUAAUACGUGAAGGUGAACCAGGAGAUGCAUUGUAUGUCGUAUCAGAUGGAAUCUUAGAAGUAUACAAGGACAAUUCAAUAUUGGGACGAAUGGAAGUCGGUCGUGCAUUUGGUGAACUGGCACUGCUUUACAACUGCAAGAGGACUGCAUCUGUUCGAGCUGUAACAAACGCUUCAGCAUGGACGCUGGAUCGACGUGUCUUUCAGCAAAUUAUGAUGGCCUCUUGCAUUCAUAAACAAGAGGAGAACAUGAAGUUUUUGGAAAGUGUUCCUGCGCUGAAAAAUUUAUCCGCUGAAAAAAUGAAAAAAUUAGCUGAUGUCUUAGAACCAGUAUUUUAUGAGGCUGGUGAAUAUAUCAUACGUGAAGGUGAACUUGGUGAGACGUUUUUCAUCAUAAAGGCAGGGAAGGUUAUUGUUACUCAGACUGUUGAAGGAACAGAUGAAGAACAGGAAAUCCGUCAACUUUCUGAUGGAGAUUGGUUUGGAGAAAGAGCACUUUACACAUGUGAGAAACGAAGUGCUAAUGUUAUUUCGGCUGAGAGUGGUGUUCACUUACUUUUAUUGGACAGAAGUAAUUUCAUCUACCUUAUUGGAGAUUUGAAUGAGAUCAAAUCAAAAACAUAUGGCGAUGUCAGUCGUUCUCCUGUUGGGGUAAUAUCAACAAAUUUUCAAUCAUUCAAAGAAUCCUUACCGAAAGAAGUAACCACAAGUCCGCAGGUGGUUGUACGACAACAGUCAAAAGAUUCCUUUUCGUGCGUUGAAAUUGAAAAAGAUGAUUUGGAGCCGAUUACUGUUUUAGGAGUUGGCGGAUUCGGCUGUGUAGAAUUGGUUGUUUGGAAGAAAGAUAGAAGUAAAACCUUCGCUUUAAAAAGAAUGAAAAAGCAGCAUAUCGUGCAUACACGUCAACAAGAGCACAUUUGUUCAGAAAGACAAAUAAUGCUGGAACUUCGUUGUCCAUUUAUUUGUCGACUUUAUUGUACUUACAAAGACAACAAAUUUGUAUAUAUGCUGUUGGAAGCCUGUUUGGGUGGAGAAUUAUGGACAGUUUUACGAAAUAGUGUAUCACGCGAGGUAAGUGUGAUUAUGCAUUAGACCUUUAGUCAUGAUCGUUUCUGUAAAACCUAUAGUGAAUCUACUUUAACCAUUUACUGAUCAUAAUUUUAAAUAAGAAUACAUAAGAGAAGUUUUGCAUGAUAUGAACAUGUUUGUAUUGAUUAUUCAACCUGUGAAUUCAAUAAAGCGUUACUAGAUUCAAACAGUUUACAGUCAGCGUACUGUCCAUAUGCACUUGUUUACCGAUAAAAUACAAGUACAUGCAAUGUCAGCUGUUGGUCGAAGCUGUGGGAAGUGAAUUUAAACCUACUUGAUUGGUAAAAGUAUAUUUAAUAAUAACUGAAAGGGUUUAGCGCACUAACCAGGUGAUCGUGCUUGAAUUUUGGCUUGUCACGAUGUUAACUGCGAAUAUUCAUCCAUGGAAAAAUGGUUUCCUAUCUGAAACACUCGUCUCAAACAUACUCCUGACCGUUUUACGAUAAAUCUUGACAAACUGUAAACCAGGCGAUAUAUAUAUAUGUUGAUGAACGCUAGGGCCAAUUUCAAAGUUAUUAUCACUUCAAAGACAUACCUCUAGCUGCUAUGAGUAGUUCAUAAUACUUGCUAGGAGUAUCAAGAUGAUAAUAAUCUUGGAUUAUGGGCAUUUACUAUACGUUCAAGUAACCGACCAGUUUUCGCAUGUUUUUUACCAUUUGAUCUACUAAACUCAGAAACACAGUUCACACGAAAAAACUGUCUUAUGCUUAGAUCAUGUAUAUCUAUCUAGUGAACAGCACUAAUUUGUGAGUGUGGUUUUCCACUGCUCUUGUUCGCCUAACAUUGAUAUCACUCACGGUUUCAGGCCGGUUGAAAGUUGCUCUUUGAAGAUAUUUUAUCAUGUCCUUGAAAGGUUUGUAAGGAGGUGCCUU